AUAAAAAUAAGCUUUCUGGGACUGAAAAGGUGUUGAUGAGUGAGAAUAUUAGUGCUGUUUUUCAGAAUAAAUUACCCCAAAAAUGUAAGGAUCCUGGAGUUUUUACUGUUCCAUGUCAGAUAGGGAGUUUAAAAUUUGACAAGGCAAUGCUAGACUUAGGUUCUUCAAUAAAUGUGAUGCCCAAGGACAUUUUUGAACAACUCCACAUUGGAGACCUAAAAAGAACAGGGGUUCUUAAGAAAAUGGAUGACAAAUUCUCCGGUUUUGACCAAACUCUUAAGCAAAUGCAAGAAAAGCAAUCUGCCACUGAAGUUACAGUGAGUAAUUUGCAAGCCCAACUUAACAAUAGGUUUCCUUCUCAACCAUUUUUAAAUCCUAAAGAGAAUUUGAGUGCAAUUGAGCUUCGAAAUAAGAAAAAACUGCAGGAACCUAGUUUUGUCAGUAGGGAAGAAAGGGAGAAAGAACUUCAUCCAAAUCAAGUUUCUUUUGAAAAUAAUAAUGCUGAAUUUGUUGAAAAUGAAAUCACUCAGGUUGAAAAAUAGAAAGAAAUUGAUUUUAAAAAUAGAAUCAAUGAGUUUAAAAAUCAAAAAGCCCCUUUUCCCAGUAAGUUUCUAAGUCAACAACCUAAGACGAAGGAGUUAAAUCAAGAGAUGUUAGAAACUUUUAAAAAAGUGGAAAUAAACCUCCCUCUUUUAGAAGCAAUCAGACAAGUUCCCAAAUAUGCUAAAUUUCUUUAAGAACUUUGUACUCAUAAAAAUAAGCUUUCUGGGACUGAAAAGGUGUUGAUGAGUGAGAAUAUUAGUGCUGUUUUUCAGAAUAAAUUACCCCAAAAAUGUAAGGAUCCUGGAGUUUUUACUGUUCCAUGUCAGAUAGGGAGUUUAAAAUUUGACAAGGCAAUGCUAGACUUAGGUUCUUCAAUAAAUGUGAUGCCCAAGGACAUUUUUGAACAACUCCACAUUGGAGACCUAAAAAGAACAGGGGAGUUUUAAUUAAAUUUCUCACUAUAAUAGUCUAAGUUCUUAACUUAGAAGAAUUUGUUUAAGCAUCCAAUUAUAUUAGUUGUUCAAUCUUUAAUUGUUUAAUCAAGUAGAAUGCUCCUUAUUUAAUAAUUUUCCUCUCUUGGUUAGUCACAUAAUCAAUUUUUGGUCUAAGUUACAUUCUUGCACUAUUACUCUCAAAAGGAUCUGCCUUCUAUCUUCUAUCCAUCUUCUUAUCUCUCCAUGCUAAGUUUCUGAGUAAAAUCUUAAGGAUGAUAAUAUUUAGCUAGAACUGGUAAAGUAG